AAACUGCAAAAGGGUUCAGGGUUUAAACCUGACCACCGCGCACCACCAAAACCCUAGAACCACCACCGCCACAACCGCCAUGCCGCGCUUCCCGCGCUUCGCCACCACACGCCUCCUCUACUCCCUCCACGCCUCCAAAACGACGCCGUCCCCUUCCCCUUCCUCCUCCUCGCUCCUCCUCGGCUCGUUCCACCUCCGCCAAUUCUCCGCCGGCAACAGCCUCGCGCGCGCCAAGGACGACAAGGACGUAUGGUGGACGGAGGUCAUGGCGAAGCUCCGCAACAUCGGAAUCUCGGCGCAUAUCGACUCCGGCAAGACGACUCUCACCGAGAGGAUUCUAUACUACACCGGAAAGAUCCACGAGAUUCACGAGGUCCGGGGACGCGACGGCGUCGGCGCUAAAAUGGACUCCAUGGAUUUGGAGCGGGAGAAGGGAAUUACCAUUCAGUCUGCGGCGACUUACUGUACUUGGAAUGGUUAUCAGAUUAACAUAAUUGACACCCCUGGUCACGUUGAUUUCACCAUUGAGGUUGAGAGAGCUUUGCGUGUUCUUGAUGGAGCCAUCCUUGUCCUUUGUAGCGUUGGUGGUGUACAGAGUCAGUCAAUUACUGUUGAUCGGCAAAUGAAAAGAUAUGAGGUUCCAAGAAUAGCAUUUAUAAACAAACUUGAUCGAAUGGGAGCAGAUCCAUGGAAAGUUUUGAAUCAGAUGAGGUCGAAGCUCCGGCAUCAUGCUGCUGCAUUGCAACUUCCUAUUGGGUUGGAAGAUGAUUUUAAGGGUCUCAUUGAUCUUGUGCAGUUAAAAGCGUUGUAUUUUCACGGGUCUAGCGGUCAGGAAAUUGUCAUUGAAGAUAUUCCUUCUGAUAUGGAGGUGUUAGUCGCAGAAAAAAGGCGUGAGCUAAUUGAAAUUGUAUCCGAAGUUGAUGACCAACUUGCUGAAGCAUUUCUUGAAGAUGUGCCUAUUACAUCUACUGAUCUGGAGGAAGCUAUACGAAGGGCUACCAUUGCAAGGAAAUUUAUACCUGUGUUCAUGGGCAGUGCAUUUAAAAACAAGGGUGUACAACCACUUUUGAAUGGCGUACUUGGUUAUUUGCCUUGUCCAACUGAAGUCAGUAACUAUGCUCUUGACCAGACUAAGGAUGAAGAGAAGGUUAUAUUAGGUGGAACUCCAGAUGGACCUCUUGUAGCAUUAGCCUUUAAAUUGGAGGAAGGGCGUUUUGGUCAGUUAACCUUUCUAAGAAUCUAUGAAGGUGUUAUACGGAAGGGUGAUUUCAUUUUUAACAUUAACACUGGCAAGAAGCUUAAGGUUCCUCGCUUGGUCCGGAUGCAUUCCGAUGAGAUGGAGGAUAUUCAAGAGGCGCAUGCUGGGCAAAUAGUUGCUGUAUUUGGUGUGGAUUGUGCAUCAGGAGAUACAUUUACUGAUGGUUCAGUUAAAUAUACCAUGACUUCUAUGAAUGUCCCUGAGCCAGUGAUGUCAUUAGCAGUUCAGCCAGUUUCAAAAGAUUCAGGAGGCCAAUUUUCAAAGGCUUUAAAUCGUUUUCAGAAAGAAGAUCCUACCUUCCGAGUUGGCUUGGACCGUGAGAGUGGACAGACAAUCAUAUCGGGAAUGGGAGAGCUGCAUUUGGAAGUUUAUGUUGAACGCAUUCGGAGAGAAUAUAAGGUUGAUGCAACUGUUGGAAAGCCUCGUGUAAACUUCAGAGAGACUGUUACUCAACGUGCCGACUUUGAUUAUUUACAUAAAAAGCAAUCUGGAGGACAGGGUCAAUAUGGGCGAGUAACUGGAUUUAUCGAACCACUGCCUGCAGGAUCAAUCACAAAGUUUGAAUUUGAAAACAGUAUUGUGGGACAAGCUAUACCAUCAAAUUUUAUCCCAGCCAUUGAGAAGGGUUUCAAAGAAGCAGCCAAUUCGGGCUCAUUAAUUGGCCAUCCAGUUGAAAAUGUUCGCAUUGUUUUAACUGAUGGUGCUUCCCAUGCUGUGGAUUCUAGUGAACUUGCCUUCAAAUUAGCUGCAAUAUAUGCCUUUAGAAAGUGCUAUACGGUAGCAAAGCCGGUGAUACUGGAGCCUGUUAUGUUGGUGGAGUUGAAAGUACCUACAGAAUUUCAGGGUACUGUUGCUGGUGAUAUUAACAAGAGGAAAGGUGUUAUUAUUGGAAACGAUCAGGAGGGGGAUGACUCUGUUAUUACAGCCCAAGUCCCUUUGAACAAUAUGUUUGGCUAUUCCACAUCUCUUCGAUCGAUGACACAGGGAAAAGGUGAAUUCACAAUGGAGUACAAAGAGCAUUCUCCCGUUUCUCAUGAUGUGCAGGCGCAGUUAGUAAACAACUACAAGGGACCUAAUGCCACUGAAUAGUCUGGCUAUAUGCUUCGUCAAAAGCAUUGCUCUUUUUUGUCUCGCCUGAUUCUAAUGUAUUUGUCAUAUCAUAUUCUUCUGGACUUCACGGUUGUUAAAUUCUUCAUAGGAAGAAGGGUCAUGUAUUUAACAUGAUCUAUAAUUUUGAAAAGCGCCAAUAAAGUCUAAU